AUGAUUCGUUUACCUUGUUCAUUACUUUUACUCGCUUCAUUUGCUUUUGUAUAUUCAACAGAUCAUUUUGUUGAAAAAUUUGAAGAUGAAAGUUAUAAAAAACGUUGGGUUCAAUCAACCGCAAAUUCUGACUUAGGUGAAUUUAAAUUAUCUCAUGGUAAAUUUUAUGGUGAUGCUAAAAAAGAUCUUGGUCUUCAAACAUCUCAAGAUGCUCGUUUUUAUGGUAUGUCUGCUAAAUUUGAUGAAUUUUCAAAUGAAGGAAAACCACUUGUAAUUCAAUUUUCCGUUAAACAUGAACAACAAAUUGAUUGUGGUGGUGGUUAUGUUAAAGUUUAUCCAUCAGGUACUGAUCAAAAAGGUCUUAACGGUGAUUCUCCAUACCACAUUAUGUUUGGUCCUGAUAUUUGUGGUCAUGAUAAAAAGAAAGUUCAUGUUAUUUUUACCUAUAAAGGAAAAAAUUUAUUAAUUAAAAAAGAUAUUGCAUGUAAAGAUGAUCAAUUCACACAUCUUUAUACAUUAAUUCUCAACCCAGAUAAUACAUAUGAAGUUCGUAUUGAUAAUGAAAAAGUUCAAGAUGGCAAACUUGAAGAAGAUUGGGAUUUCACCGUUCCAAAACGUAUUCCAGAUCCAAAUGCUAAAAAACCAUCAGAUUGGGUUGAUGAAGCACAAAUGGCCGAUCCAAGUGAUACAAAACCAGCAGAUUGGGAAAAACCAGAACAUAUUCCAGAUCCAGAAGCUAAAAAACCAGAAGAUUGGGAUGAUGAAAUCGAUGGAGCAUGGGAACCACCAUCAAUUGAUAAUUCUGAAUAUAAAGGUGUUUGGAAAGCUCGUCAAAUUGAUAAUCCAGCAUAUAAAGGUGAAUGGGUUCAUCCAGAAAUCGAUAAUCCUGAAUAUGAAGAAGAUGAAAAUCUUUAUUUAUAUAAAGAUUUUGGUGUAAUUGGUUUUGAUUUAUGGCAAGUUAAAUCAGGCACCAUCUUUGAUAAUGUUCUUAUCACAGAUAGUGUUUCACGUGCUGAAGAAUUCGCUAAAGAAACAUGGGGAAAAACAAAAGAUGCUGAAAAGAAAAUGAAAGAUAGUUUAGAUGAAGCUGAACGUAAAACAAUGGAAGAACAAAGAAAAAAACAAGAAGCUGAAGACCACUCAAGAAAACCAUCUGCUGAUGAUGAUGAAGAUGCAGAUACAGAUGAUAUUAAGAAGACUCAUGUAAAUGACGAUGAAUUAUAA